GUGUGUAAACACAAUUAAAUAGUGUAUAUUGAAUUAUAAUUAUGUAUUCACUAUCUGAUUGUUCUAACAUUGAUCUUUAUUACUUUUGGUAGGUUUCCUUCUAACAUAGCUCUCUUAUCAAUAUAAAUAUGUUAGAUUAAAUAGUUCUGACAUUUGUUAUUAUUAUCCCUAUACAGUCGGAAAGAGGCUUCCACGAGUUAGUCGGCGUUCAAAGGUGGACUCUUUUGUCGGUCGCUCAUUGUCUGGAAUAUUUUUUAUGUAAAUGUAGAAAAGUUAAAGUAACUCAAUUUUUAUUAAAAUUCAUUUAUAUAUAUUAUUACAUUUCAUUCGGCUAAUUGUUAUUAAAUAUUUAAAUUAAAUAUUUUUGAGUAUCUUAUUUUUAUCCUUCAUAAUUUUUCAAAACAUUUCUAUUAUAUUAUGCAUACCAAAAUUCAAAUUUCCGAACAUAUCGUAUGUGUACAUAUGUAUAUUUAUUUGAAACCGAGAACUAUUUCAAUCAUGAAAAGAAUUUCCAAAUAAAUUUGAAUUUCGUAGCAGCGAACUGUUACGGACAAGAACAUAAAGCGUGCCAACCGAGCACGAGCCGCACGGUCCCUUCGUCUUUCUUCGUUGUCCUCUCGCUUACAAAAAAAACCGGUUUGGGUGACAAAAGAGUCCGUGUGUGAACUGGCACUUAAGAAGCAAACUAUUACGAAAAGUGCAUUGAGGAAGAUGAGAAAUAAACCGCUCAGCUCUCUAAUGUCAGUAGCAUAAAUAUUGUCAUUCCCACCGUUUUCAAAACAUAUUCACCAAUGUAAACAACAAUAUAUACUUUAAAUCAGUUUAGUUACAGAUGAUUUCAAGUAAAACAGUUGCAAUAAGUUAAAAUGAACAACUGACAAAAGAUAUUUGUGAAGUUAGUAUCUUUAGGUAGGCAACGAUAAAAUAUACAAAUCAAAAGCGGCAAAAUAUCUUAAAGAUAUUUCUGCUCUCAUUACCCACAUACAUAUCUCAGAGAAUAGAUAAUUUAGAGAGCAUUUUUGGCAACAUUCUCUCUCAUUUCACUGACUCUGAUUACACGUAUACAGCUGUGCCCAUAUAACAGGGUGCGAUUCGCAACGCAAUGAAUUCAUAACUGUACUCUCAUAUAUAUAAAAUUAUUGUGUUAUUGGAGCUUAGACAUUUUGUUAAUAUUUUUUAUGCAAAUGCACAAUUCCACGGUCAUAGCUAUUGUGUUGAUUGUAUUUUUUAAGGAUAACGGAGCUUUGUAUUCAACAUCUUUAAAGUAAGUUGAUGCGAAGAGAUGCGAACUGCUGAUGCCAAAGCAUCGCACCCUGUUUACAGAGUAUCUAGCACAACGAAAUAACGCUCUCAGACGCUGUUGGCCAGCAAUUUCUGAGCUCAGUCACUGAGUAAAUCGCGAUGAGGUUGCAUCAAAACAACUUAACGCGAGUUUCGUCUUGGAAACCAUACGGUAGAUAUUGUUGUAUACACUUGUACAGCAACAAAAGCAGCAGCAUUUAGAAGUAGCAGCCAACAACACCAAAAGGAAGAUUUUAGAAACACAAAGGCAAAAAAAAGUUGCAAAGCAGCAAAAGGUGAAUGGUGAAGCAAAGUAAAAUCCAAACGGAAGUUUAAGCAUUCAUUGAAUGUGUUAAUUUAAAAUUUUUGGUAAAUAAAACCACCAAGAAUAUAUGCAUAUAAAUAUGUAUGUUUGUAUGUAGAUAUAUACAAAUGAAAUCGUAACGAGUCCGAACGAAUUUUUCACAAGUACGGCAGAUUCGCGCGCGCCCCCCGUUUUGUGUAUAUCUGUGUAGGUGAAUUGUGUCUAUGAUUGUGUGUCUGUUGAGUUGAGUAUGAAAAUAUGCUAUGGUAUCUGGCAGUGCGACGGGUGAAAUGUGUAAAUCGUACGGUAAAUUAAGACGGUCGUUCAAUGCGAAUGUAGGGUGUAUGCGACCCGGCAUGGUACGGCGCGACGUGACGCGACGCGGCAAAGCGCAAUUCGUUGCAAUACCUAUAUAGGUAUUGUGUGUAUGAAUGUGCGCUCGUUCGCUCGUUCGUAAAAUGCAAUGUCGGUUCGUUGCAGUACGGUAUAACGGUAGAGGCGUGUACUGAUGUUAACGCGGUGGGGUGAGACGCGCUGUGAAUCGAACCGAUGCUUGACCAUUGGAAAGUGCAAUAAUAAAAUAAAUGCAAAAAAUAAAGACGCGAAUGUGUUCAAAAAUAGCAACAACAAAGAUGGUAUUUUGAGCGCGACAAGCAUUAAAUAAAAAUAGAAAACAUCAAAAGGAAAUUACGAAAUUUCGCCCAUUUUUAUUGCGCUAUAGCAUGUGCCCCCAAUGUCUCUUCAUCGCACUGCACUGAAUGCUAAUGUUAACGAAAUGGUAGCAAAAUUGUCGCCUUAUAUGCGUUCAAAAUAAAUAUAUAACCCGAUUGUGCAUGUGUGUGCAUUUUAAAAUGCAUGCAUGUAUGAGUUCAACAAAAAUUAAGCAAAAGCAAAUAUACGGAAUUUACAAUAAAAUUAAUUUUGUUUUAGUCAUAUAAUAUAGGCCCUUUAAAAAGUGUGAAGUGUUCGUAAUAUACGUAUGUAUAUUAAUAAUAAGUUUAUAUUUCCAUUUCUACAGUGAUCAUUUAAAAGAAAGAAAAAUUGUUUUAAAGCAAAAGAAAAUGAAAAUACGAAGUUCAUAAGCAAUACAAAUAAAACACGAAAAUAUCAAGAAUAAAAUAAAAAAAUAUCAAAUAAUAAAUUUAAUUAUUUCCUGAUCAACUGUGUACAAUAAAUUGACAAUAUAAAAAUAAAACAAAGCAUAAAUACUUCUAAAAGUACCAGAUUCACGGAAAAUAAUCUAAACAUCAAAAAUUAUAGUUCAAUCAAUACAUGGAGGUUUUUUGAAAUUAUCUAUUAUUUCAGAAACAGUCUAUGCGGAAUGUUAAAAUCUACUAAACCACGCUUGAAAACAUUUUAAGUCGCUCAGCCAAUGCUUCGAAUAAUCAAGUAAUUUGAAAAUUUCGAAAAUGGAGGAAACAAAUUUAUAACAAAUGUGUAUCAAUGUUUAAGGAAUCCGAUUAUAAGUUGAUUUUAUGAUUAUAAAGCCGUGCAAAUGGAAAAUUGUGAAGAAAUAAACAUGAUUAAAGCAUAAUACAUUCAAUUACGGUAAAUGUGCAUGUGUAAGUGCUUAUAAUACAUUAAACCCAGAAUAUUCGCAUUCUAUCGACGGCUUUUCGGAAAAAUAUUUUAACGAUAAAGAAUAUUCAGUCGUCCUCCAAAGUGAAUGGGGUGGAGCGCGCCCCUCUUAAAACAAGUCGCCUCCAUGAAGUUUUAUAAACAAAAUGGUACGUGAAGAAACCCGAAAAAUUUGUUUUGGUCAAAUACCCGAAGCGAGAUUACGUGAGGAUACAAAAAGCAGAGAACACUUAAAACGGUCUACUGAAGACGUUCCAACUCCAAAUUUCACAGAACGGAACAGUGGCUUAUAUGAACGCAGUUCCCGAAUAGCUGCAGAAAACGACACCUAUUUGCGUCGUUCAAACCGCCCUUCUAUUGGAAGCAACGGUGGUUAUCAAACGUCAAACAGCUUGGCAACGUCAAGUCCAACGGCGUCUAUACAGGAUAUAUCCUCUGUAGGCACUGUAACUUCUGGUGGUCCCGGUAUUAGUGCCAGUGGCACCUUAGAUAAUCGUAAUAGAACACGUGAUCGUUUGUACAAAAAUGGACCUUAUUUAUCUGCACAGUUAAACGAGAGAAGUUCGAACGGUGCCACCAUCAACAAUUAUAACCGUGCACUGCCGUCGUCAUGGUACGACGCUGCUGCGACGAACACGAACAGUCCUGGUGGCAGUGGCAAUGCCGUCGCCUCAACAGUAGGCAGCAACUGCAUCCACAACUUUUAUUCCACCUCAAAUUCAAUCACCACACCUGCCUCCUCCAUCACAACGGCAAUUGCACGCACGUUAACGUCACACCAGCGGAACAAUUAUUACGGUACUGUGACGGACAUAAGUCCAACAACGUCGCAUACAGCAACAACUUCAGCGUCUAGUGCGUAUUGGAUGAAAAAUAAUUCGAAUUUGAAUAAAAUUGCUAAAUCAUCCGAAAUAGGCUUAGAGUCGUCUAAAAAUUCACUUACAACAUCGACUAUGACGACGGAUAUGUCGGGAAUGGGCAUGGGUGCACCAACAGCAACUUCGACAACAUCCUCGUUUACAAAUAAUAGUGGCAGUGGCGGUUGUAGUACAAUCAGUAGUAGUUAUAGCAGUAGUUUAAGCAGUAGCAGUAAUAUAAUACCGUCAACGAAUGCGACAGGCAUUACCACCACGUUAUCUUCGCAGUCAACUGUUGGAAGUCACACAAAUGCUCCAGAGUUAGUUGCUACGAGCAGCUGCACCACCUCUCCCCUCUCGUCUACACAAAGCGCGCUUCAACAGCAUACAGCGCGAACGCAUCGUUUACAUGGUCGGAGCACGACAUCUUCAAGCCGGUCGCACUCCCGUUCACCCAGUAGCUACAGCUCGUCACAUAGCUCCUCCUCAUCAAACACUUCAUCCCAUUCACACGCAUCAAGUCCAGUUAGAGGCAGUGAAUCUACUCCGUGCAGAUCUUCUGGCGGACUGACGAGCAAAUCGCGAAAUUUACAAUCAGCAGUUACAACCCCUCCUCAAGGGAAUCGAUUAAACAGAUACGACUCGCAAUCGCGUUCACGCGCAUCGUCGUUUAGCCGACAUCAAAACUCGAACGAUGGAUGUUCACCCAGUAAUACGCCUGGAAGUAGCAGCAGUUGCAGUGGUUCUAGCAUAACAGCAAACUCUGCCGGGACUGUGCCAGCAGCAUCUAUUGUCGCCGGUGUUAAUGUUGGAAAUAAUUCCACGACGUCAAAUAGUCCGUUGGUGACGCAGAGCAUAUCCAUGUCGGGCAAUUCGACGCCAGCCCGCAGUCGUGGAUCUCGCAGUUCACGACAUACCGUUGACUACGACUACCUGGACAUGCGUCGAUUUCGUUCCUAUGACGAAUAUAGUCAGGGUUCGGGUGCCUCUCAUGAUGAGGAUGUCGCCCCACAAAGUGGGCAUUCGGCAGGUGUUGGCGGUGGUUUGCGGUCCGACUCACCGCUACUCUCACGAUUGGGACCCAUCGUAAGCGGUAUCGGAGCUCACACGGCAGCAAAUACGAAUGAUAGGGUAAAUGAAACGCUUGAAGUGACGGUGAAUAGCGGCAGUGGUCGCCGUCGUUGUGAUAAAAGUCCUGCGAAACAAAAAGGUGAUAUAAGAAUUCUACAAAAAGAACGUUCCCAUCUUUUAGAGCAACUUGAGGAAUGCCCGUCCAGUGGUGAUGAAAGUAUAGUGAGUCCGCGAAAGCGCAUUAAAAUCGAUCAUCAUCAUUCCAUGACCACCAGCAGUGGAAUGUCUCAGUCGCAUCUGUCGGAGACAGGAAACAUCGCUGGUGCUCAACAUAAAUGUAACCUAAGUUCCAACUGUGAUGCCACUGAAUAUGAUGUCACGGCAGCCGUAGGUCAACGAAAGAGUGAAGUGCGCCGCCUUUCAGAUUCUAAUAAUCAGACCAGCCUCAAGUACCAUCAACAUCAGUAUCACACACAUUCACAAUCAAUGCAGCCAUAUCAGCAGCAACUGGUUCGCCGACCGUCCAUUGAUAUAACGGCAACACUGGGAGCUGUUGGCAUAGGAUCCAUUUCUACACGACAUGGAAGCGUGAGUAGUACUGGCUCUGGAAGUGAUCACCACCAUCAAGCAUCACUUUCUACCGCAAUUGCUUGCAAACGGAGACGAGUCACUAGUGGUAAUAGUAAUGGAAAUAGUAGUACGCUUACUUCAUCUGCCUCAAAUCUGUUAAGUGGUGUAACCAAUAGCAUUGGCUGUGGAAAUGGUGGUGGUGGUGGUAGUGGCGGUGGCACAGUAAGUGACGACUAUCAGCAACACAGUUCACGAAGUCGUGGCCAUCCUUUACAUUCCCAUCACUCACACGAUGCCAGUGGCGGAGAGAGUGCAGAAGGCUCACGUCCAGGCACUCCACUUUGUGAUGAACGCCCCGAAGUAUUGCCUAGCGAUCCACGGCGGCCGCCCCGUGAAUGUCGGCAUGAGCCACUGAUAUUGCCACUUCCGAAAUUCGGUAUACCGUUUUUUCAUCAGCAUCGCAAUAGUCUGGCAGGACAAGCUAUUUCGAACGCUACAAGUCACACGAGUAUCAAUGUAGGUGGCUAUCAUCAUGGUAGUGGCGGAAUGCUUUCCUCUUCAUCUAUGGCAGGGUGCAGCAACAAUAUCAGCACGCACAUUUUGUCCAACACAAAUGUAAACAGUAGUAGUCAUUCUAGUCAUAGUGCUCUGCCAACAACGACGACUUCAACAGCGUCAUCAGGUUCCUCUACUGUGCCGGGAUAUCCCUUACAUAGUCCAUCUAAUCGAUAUUCAUCACACUGGCGUCCGCAUCAACAUCAUCAUCAUCCGCAGCAUAGCCAUGGUCACAGUCAUCCCGCGCAUACGCACUAUAAUCAAACAUCAACUGGUGCGGCUGGAGCAUCGAUGGUCAGUCCUUUGCGACCACGUUCCCUCAGCUCGAAUUCCAGUGAUUCCGAUGCCCCAGGACAAGUAAGUGGUAGUCCUUCAUUGGAGGAGCGCAUAAGAACGUUGGAUGAGAUGUAUGAACGGUGGUCUGGUGGCGGAGGAAAUAGUGGUAAUGGCGGUGGUAAUGGUCCUAAUGCUACUGCGAAUGCAGUGAAACGUCAUGAUUUUGUUAGUCAAGGCGGCUCAACUGCAUUUCGGCAUGCGCAUCGUAGUAGCGAACAUCAUAGUGGUGGCAGUACUUCAUCGCGAUAUAAGUUUCCUGAUAUCGACGUCUGUGAUCUCAAGCCUUCUGAGAUUGUUAAAUCAGUGUUAGCAAAGAAAUCAAUAUUCGAUGACGACCUGCAACGAUUGAAGAAGAACCAGUGGUACGAGCCGUCUUCAGACGCCACACAACUGGCGAAACACAUAAUUGGGGUUUGCACCUCGCCGGGCCUGCCUAACUUGGCAGCCACGAAGACGCCCGUGGUUGGAUGCAGCUCUACAAACAGUGGAAAUACAGCGUUAAACAAAUCUUCAGGUGUCUUGUUGCAGCGGCUAAGCAGUCUUUCGCCUAUGAAUUCUCCACAGGCAUCGAUAUCCCCAUAUAACAGCCCAUCUCCAUCCCCAUCGGUGAGCAGUAGUAUGACGACAACUGUAUCAUCGUGCCCGACCAAAGUCGGAACAACGACUGCGACAAGCUGCAUUAGUACUAUUUUAAGUACAACAAGUGCCAGCAGUAUUUCAACAGUUGCUUCCGCUAGCAGUUUAGCAGCUGCAAUGAAAGGGCUACAAUAUCCAUUUCCGAGUCAUCCACCUUUACCGAGUACGGCUGCUCCUCUGCCUGCAGCUCAGCCGGCUCCACCUACAGGUCCCGCUCCUUCAGACCCACCACAACCAAAACCAUCCCAAAUAGCGACUUUGGAUACAAACACUUUGGGAGUGAGUAACACGAGAGUGAAGACAAAUUCGAUUACUAAAAGUUUGAGUGUACCAUGGGCAGCACCUAAUAAUGACAAUUUUGGAAAAACCGAUAGUCGAAUUUUGACUAAAUCAGUUUCAGUUCCUGGUAGUACAAAUGUUGGCACAAUUAAGUCCUUGAAUACGCACACGGCUAGUAACGAAGUGGUGUCUCAUGCUAUAAGUCGGAGUACUUCAUCAACAGCCGUUACUAAAACUGACGAGGAAAUGUCCAAAGCUCCGAAGCAACCAUCGAAUAGUUUGACUGCGAUUUCGAAAAAGAACGAGCGCACAUCUCACAAACACAAUUAUCGCAAUGAAAAUGAGAAACGUUCAGGGCGAAGUGAGCGCGUAUCGGAAAGACGGAAAAACUCAACGAACUCGCAGCAUUCAGGGGCUUCGACAUCUACACCAAGAGUUGAAGGAGAUUCAAGUGAAAAUGAGGGAAACGACAGUAAUAUUGGCGAAAAGGGUCAAAGGUUAGAAGGCGAUGAUAGGGAGCCUGAAAAGGACAGAGAAAAAGAGAAGUCACACAAAGAGCGCGAAAGAGGUCGUGAUAAAGAACGAGAGCGUCAAGAACGUGAGAGGCGUGAAAGAGAGAUCCGCAAACAAAAGGAAGAACAUGAAGCUCGAGAACGCAAAGAGUGCGAAGAAAGGGAAUUCAAAGAGGCUGAAGAUCGUCAACGUCGAGAGCUUGAAGAACGAGAGCAACUUGAUCGUGAAGAAUGUGAGCGAAAAGAACGUGACGAAAUAUUGGAAAAUGAGCGUAAGGAAAAGGAAGAUCGUGAACGUGAAUAUAAAGCGAAUGAAGAGCUAUCCGAAAGACACGAACGAGGAAGAGAAGAUGCCGAUCUUAACGACGACGAGCAUGAAGAUCGAGAGAUUCAUAGUGAACAUACGCGAAGAAAGUCAGAAUUAACUGAUAAGGCUGAUAAGGUAGAUGAGAACCGGUCACAUACGCUUAAUAAAAAUCAAUCUGAGGGCGAUGACGCCGAUUUUCAAAAUAACAAAGAAAAUUCAAUUGAUGAACCAAAGAGUCCAGCAACCGUCGAAGCUGCAAGUAAGCAUCGUGGAAGAAAAUCGUCACAUAACUCUCCUAUACGUCUACCAAAACGUCGUCUUAGCUCACAAGAUAGUAAUCACGGCAAUAUAAGUAGUCACACUUCCGUAAGUGAGGACCCAGUCAAACGUUUACGGAUUGAAACGCAUCACACGUUAACUGUCUCCUGUGCAGGAAAAGCAAAUGACCGACAGCAUCAGAAAGAAACGACUCAUGGCUCUGAACAUACGACCAAGCACUCAAGCAAUAAGCAUCAACAUCAACGUACAUCAAGUCACACUACAACGGGAAAUAUUGGAACUUCGGAUUCGGCUGUAUGCUCCGGUGAAAAAUUAAAGAUCAAAGAACAUUCGAAUAAGCAUAGAAGUAGCAAACAUCAUAGGCAUCAGCUACAACAACACCAAGGCAACCCUAAAGACAAUAGCAAGGGUGAAUGCGAAGACAAUAAUAUUUCUGCAACCACAGCGUCAACAUCUGCGACGGUCAUGCCGACAGUGAUAGUUCCGUCAACAGAAAAAGUGAAUCAUCAUGAAAACAUUUCGGAUCAAGAGAUUGAGGGUUCUACAGUUCAUUACCUAAGCAGGAAUUCGCUUAAUUCGAGCGGUGACGAGGGAACAUCUCUGCAGCAGUCGAGAUGUGUAGCAAGUGGUAGCCAACACAAGCAACGCGAUCACAGUGGUCAUCACGUGCGUCAUAAAAACAAACGUGAACAUCGUGAGAGAAAGCGUCCAUCAACUACUGAAUCUUUAGUAUCGGCAACUAGUAAUCACUUGACUGAUGAGGAACUGACUCAUAACCCAAGUCGACGAACAUCGGUUGCGGGUUCACACAGCGGCGAAUUGACAAUACCUAUACAGAAAUGUAAACAGGAGAGCCGAAGAAGUUCGGAACGAAAAUCAUCUCGUUGUUCAGAUGAGGGUCUUGCCUUGACACAGUCACAUUCUGUACAACAUCGACAGGGUAAUAACGUGAAAGCGACUCCCUCACGGAGAGUGAUCAUGACUUCGGACGACUCCGACGAUUCAGACGAUCCAACAAAUGGCGGGAAGAAACAUUCAAUUUUCGAUAUACCUGAUGAGGGACCCUAUGUUUCAAUGUACGAUAAGGUAAAAGCUCGUUCCUGUAAGAACAUGCAAAAACACGAAGAGGAAAAGAAGAUCAAAGCAAAGUUCACACAAUUGAAACAGUCACGGGCUAAGCGAGAGGAAAAGAAACGCUCAACCAGCUAUGAAGGUGAUUCAGAUUCUGAUUUCGAGGAUCGCAAUCAACGAAGUGGCGGAAGCAGUUCUUACAAAUCACGCAAUCAAAACAAUCUUACAUCUUCCUCCGAUGACGACGAUACUACAAAUAUGGCAACUCGCCGUCGCAGCUCUCAAGCAUCUUCACAUCCUCACCGCAUGUUCUCUGACUCGGACUCAACAACAACUGCUGAAGCAGAAGCACGACGUAACAAGAUACAUCAUAAAUUAAUGCGACUGUGCGAUGAUGAUGGUGACGACAGUUCCGGGGACGAAAUACACGCAAACGCACGCAAAUCAAUGGCGUCUUCGCCAAGUAAACGAAGCUCCAGCAAAAGAAAUUCACAUUCAACACGCAUAGCCUCCGAUUCCGAAUCUCAGUCUCAACCAGCUGUAGAGAUAAAAAUCAAACGGGAGUUGACUGACGAGGAAGAUUGUGAUAAUAAAUUCAAAAUGGAGAUAAAAUCAGAAAUUCUGCCUUCAGAAACGGCGGCAGAAUCCGAUGAUGUUAAACCAAAAGAACCUUAUAUUAAAACGGAAGUCGAAUCGAACGCGGGGUCUAUCGAAAUUAAAAAGGAGUAUAAACACUUUACGGGCAAUUCAGUGAUUGAGAAUUCUGAUUAUGAACUAGCCUUGGAGCAUUUAUCAACGAAAUCGUCCUUGAAAGUUCAGCAACAAUGUUCCCCCGAGACCCGUAAGAAGCACAAAAAAAGCAAGAAACGUCAGAAGAAUAAUCUUCCUAUGCCAAAUGCUCCAACAACACACAGCAUUGUGGAGGCGAAAAAUGUUUUGGUUACCCUUACACCAGGCUCUUUUCAGAUGAUGAAUUUUAUGAGCACACCGGAAAGUAAAGUAAAACCUUUACUGUCACCGUCAUACGAUCCAUUUGAUGAAUUGAAGCGUGAAUGUUCGUCGCUGUCCACAACAAUUACCCAUGCAAACAAUGGCGCAAAUGACUUGUCCGUAUGCGAGAAGAAACGUCACAAGGAACGUAAGGAGAAAAAGCGUGAAAAAGUGCGUAAUAUGAGUGAUGGAGGGGGCAGCAUUGAUUCAGAUAAGUUGUCCAAAGAAGAGCGCCACCGCUUGAAGAAGUCGAAAAAGUCGAAGAGCCUUGAUACUGCGCGAAUCAUAAGUUCAGAUGGCAGUACAGUGAAAGCAAAUUUAGCGGCGUCUAGCUUGAUAGUACCGGUGGCUAUUACACAACCAAUUCCAACAACUCCACUUGUUGUAACAGCUGCAUCACACACACAACCGAUGACACAGGCAGCCAACCUCCAAACGACAACAUCCAAGCGUGGUGAAAAGAUGGAAGAUAUUUUUGGCCCAAUAUCGGAUGAAGAGUCCCAGUUUACCGAUGCUGAGGGUAAAGAAUUGUCAUCGAACUUUUCCGUGGAUACAAAUUAUGGUGGACUUUUGACAUCGUCGAGCAACAUAACCGGACCGGUAGUUUCAGCAGCACUGAACCCCUACAAACAGGAUCCACUUACACCAAAAUCACACACAGUUGAAGAGAAUGAAGAGAAUAAGCAGAAGGCAUCUGUACCUAUCGGCGAUGGUGGGGCACCUAUUGAUCGAGAACGGCACAGGAAAGAAAAACGCGAAAGGCGACGUAAAGAGCGUGAGAAGUCGCGUGAACAACAUGCUCUCUCAGCGUUGCAACCGCGAAAACAGCAUCACAUUGAUGACGAAAAUAGUGUUGAUCUUGACGAGGCUGGUCGCGCUCUAGAAGCGCAACUGAUGGAAGAUUCCGAUAACAAACCAACUGAAGAUGCCACACCCUCUACCGCUACAACUUACCGCAGUGAUAUGACUGAUGUAUUUCGCUUUUCUGAUGGUGAUGAAAAUUCUCUCGACUCGAAUAUCCCGCGUAGAGACAAAUCAGAUGUCCAUGAAACUAAUGCUCCAAUCCAUACCCAACCAUUGGGAGUCGCCACAAGCGCAUCUGCUGCAACGCCAGUUCAUAUGAAGAACAAGGAGAAGAAGAAAAAGAAGAAACGUUCGAAAGAAGAAAGGCAUCAUCAUCAACGUCGCGAGUCUAGUGCUUCAGCGAGUUCUAACCAACACCAUCCACAGCCACAAGAACCCCAGCAGCAGCUGCCACCACAAAUAGCUCCGUUGCAAUCACAACAUUCCGUUAUGUCACCACCAACAAAACUUUCCAUUGAUAUAUUGGCAGCCAAUGCAAAGCAAAUGCAUAAUUUAGAGGGUCAUAUGGAUAAGGACGAGAGUGGCGAAAAUUCAAUUCUCACACAUUCGCCAAUCUGUAAACCGUCACCCAGUUUACCUUGUUUGACUGAUGACGACAUUGAUUUAGGUGUGUCAUCGAUUAUACAACCAACAAAAUCUACCAAUGAUAUGCUGACCCUAUCACCUAUACGCGAAAAAAAGCUGAUAAGUCCAAUACCUAAUACGCCUACCACAAACCCUACUCCAUUCGUGAAUGAUAAGUCUCAAUCUAGUGCCUACGAUUCAACUACUUCUCCAGUAAGUUCGCUGACAUCGGGGACAGCUGCUGCUUCGUCUACACCAACCGCAACUAAUGCGCCGGAUAUGACUAGUUUAGCGACUGCAUCUAUCGAAUCAAACUGUGCCGCCCCUACUAUUGGCACACCAACUACAACAAAAAAGAAACCAGAAAUAUUUAUUCCUGGUUUUGACGGUAAUUUGGAUGAACAGAUAAGUGAGUCGGCUGUAAAAUCCAUAUCUGUCGAUUUUAAUUCCUCGAUAUUAGAUUCAAAUGCCGAUGAACCGAAAAUUCCAAUAGAGUCCCCUCCUGACCUUGCCCCAAAACAUAUGGACAAAGCGGAAGACUCAAAGUCAAGAGUAACGAUCUCGCAGGAAGAGACAGAAAGUGCUGUGUCUGCAUUAUUGGGUGAAAGCUUUGGUAAUUCAUCUAAUAUUGAUUACUCGUUCCAAGAUGAUCCACUCGAGGAUGAUUUAGCUGUGGUUGAUAGUGUCAAUGUCGACGCUCCUGAGCCAGAUGAAGAAGCCGCUAUUGCUGCGAAGGCUAUUGAGACAACUAUUGAACCUUUGCAACCAGAAGAAGAUGCUGAAGAAGUGAACAAGGCCGUACAAAGUCUUAGUACCGAAGAGAUGGAUGUCAAAGUUGACACACCGCAAUCCGAGCGUGGUCUUCAAAUUGAUACUGAUACGGAGGAGAACGCAGAUGAAGCUGAUAGUAGUGGAGCAAGUUUGAAAAUUGAUGAGUCCGCAACAUCCGGUGAUGUAUCCGACGAGUUAGCCGAUAAAGAAAAAAAAACAACAAGCUCAUUCCGUACAGAUGCCCAAGAAGAUCAGAAUGAACCCUGCUCAGUCAUUACAAAACUGGAAACAAGUUCUCAACCUGGUGAAAAAGCAGCCAAAGCGAACUUGGCUCCAUCAACCAAACUAGAACCCCCAACAAUAAGUAAUUUGGUCCAACCAGCUAUACAGCCAGUGAAGUCUGUAUUGCCGUCUAUGAUCAGUCUACAGCCAUCCACAUCUACAGUCGGCGACGCGGUACCAGACAGGUCAAGAGCAGUUGUGACGACCUCAUUUGCGGAAAACAAGCCCAGCUCAAGCUCUAUUUCUUCUGCAACAACAACUUUUUCCACGACUUUACAAUCAUCAGCAACCACUAAUAUUAGUCCGUUAUCUGUUCAACAAGAGAAGAGACCGUUCGUUGUUACUACAUUGCCGAAUGCACUUACCACGCCGCCCACCAUAAGCAUUCCGGAACCGCCAGCCCAUUUCGCCAUACCACAUCUAUUGAUUUCCCCCAGAAAUGGUGGUAGUAGUACGCCGUCAACGUCGGGUGAACAUCAAGUUCUUCUCUCACCUAAAGCACAACAGAAACAGCAAUCAACGCAGAUGGCAGGUCACUCUAUGCCUACUUACACGAUCAACGUGCGUUCACCAUCUCCACUCAGUCCACAGAAACAUAACACGUCUAGAGGUAGUACACCCACGCGACAACUGAGCCCCACUGCUCUAACAAUUGCAACACCAGUGCCAACAGCAAAAGUCCAACAGCAGCCAUUGUUGUUACAUGUUGGCGGACAACGUUCAUCUUCAUUGCAUCAGCAACAACAACAACUACAGUCGCAUGUGCUGCAGUAUUCGCCCAACGCAAGUUCACAAUCUACCAAUGUGUCGGGGAGUCCUGUUAUUUCUGCCCAACAAUCAGCUACCUGUGUUGGCAGCAAUGCCAAUAUCAUCAAUACAGUACACUCGCCACACAAAAUGCAGAAUAUGGACAGCAGUUGUGCAGUGGGAAGUAAUAAGAAUCCUAGUUCGUCGCCAACUCCAAUUAACGUGAAUGUGACAAACGCUCGUAAUCAGUCUUCGCAAUUAUCUGCCAAGCUAGCUAUUGAAUCUAUAGGUAUGCAACAAAUGACUGUGCAGAAAAUGCCACAAUUGCCCGCUCAUCCCACCAUCAUCAGCAAAGUGGUGAGUGUGAAGCCACAACAGGCACAACAGUCGUUGAUGUCGCCGCCAUUACAGUCUGGACAGGCUAGCGCCAAGGGGGCCUAUAUGGCAACUCAUCAGCAGACAACUGCAGUUCAACAACAGCAACAACAACAACAUACCAUACAAACACAACAGGCACAGCAACAGCGGAAUUCGCCGCAAAUUAUUCAGUCAAUGUCGAAAGCACCGAAUUAUCAGCAGCAUCAGCAGCCACAAUCACAACAACAAUCACAGCCGCCGCAACAGCCGAAAUAUGCGCAACAGCAACACUUGUUGCAACAGCAAAGACAGCAGAUACAACAGCAGCAGCAGCAACAACGUCAACAACACCAUCAGCAAAUGCAACAACAAAUAUUGCAGCAGCAGCAGCAGCAGCAACAACAGCAGAUAAUACAAAUACAAAAAUUGCAGCAUCAACAGCAACAACAACAAAAUAAGCACAUUCCGUCACAGGUAACGGUGCAGCAACAACAACAGCAAUCGCGCCAACGAAUUCUGCCAACUCAGCAAAAUAUACAACAAAAUCAAGCACAACAACAAUACCAGCCGCAUCAACAACAUCAACAAAUUGCAUUGAAUCGCCAAGCUGUUAGCCCCCCAAAUACCACAUCAACUCCGACGCAUCAAAAUUUGGUAAUAAUACGUGGACAACAACCAGCCAUUUCUGGAUCAACAGGUGUGAGCAAUAUAUCACAAAAUGUUAUACAAUGCUCUGUGCAAAGCGCACAAAAACAGGAGCAAGUGACGACAUCUGCGCCCGUGCAACAGCAAACAAACCCAAUGAGCGUUGCUGGAAUGCAGUACAUUCCUCAAAUGCAGCCCGCGAUUUCGCAGAACGCCAGCAAUCUGCAGCUAUCAGCUCCACCUUCAUCUCCGUCUGCUUGUCCAGCCUCUUUAGAAACAGCCAAGCAGGCAGUAACUACAACAAACACUCCGGUGUCUCAGUCAAAUACACCAAAGUUGUCAUAUGUUGUUGAUAUUAAAACACCAGCAUCAGCUCCAACACCAACAUCGCCGCCAGCAUCUACAACGGCAACAAAACCAAUACAUACAAUGGAUUUGAAUAAACAAGCACAGAAACCUUUUUCGGCGGUAGCUCAUGAGAAGCCAGCAGAGAAGCUGGCGGAGAAUGUGUCUGUAAUUUGUAGCGUUGAAGGCAACGCAAGUGCUGAGAAGACAACAUUCAGCACAGUUACUCAACAGAAACGAGAUCGUUCGAUGCCUGCGCUUAACGCCGAUGAAGCUGCAAUCUCUAUAGGUACUGUAAAAGCCCUAGACUCGGUUAUAAAGAAAGUUGAUGUGCCCGAAAAUAAAAAUGUACACAGUUUGCCCACCAUUCCUCAACACACGGAGGUCGAUGCGAAGCCCGAUAAGCCAUCCGCUUCCAUGCCAAUUAAAAACCAACAAGCGGUAAAUAUAACUGAGGUAAACAGUAGUAUACGUUCAACAUCGGCUGCUGACGACGUUACCAAAACUGGUAAUCCAACAUUGGGUCAAAGUGGAAAAAUGAUAGAUAAUGUUUCGAUGGAACAUACAAAUCUAAUUUCUUCAGACUUGGUGAAUCCCAUUUCAGCAACCUCUGGCACAGAUCACGAAACUGAAGACGAAACCGAAACGAAGCAGUCAAAUGUAAUGACUGAAGGACCUAUCGGUUUGGGUCGACUAGGUGUAAGCACACGUGGUGGUACUGCAAAGCGCGGUCGUCAGCCACGCGGUGGAAAGAAGCAUCCUGGUGGUGCUGUCACUUCAGUUUUAUCGUCUCAGUUGGUGGCUGCUCCUAAUGAGAUAUCUGGAGUACAGACGCGAUUACGUAAACCAGCUACAGUAACGCCAGUAAUGCGUGGACGGAAAGGACGUCCACCGCGUAACAUUUUGCUACAGCAACAGCAACAACCAGCCCAGAUGCAUUUGGUUGGCGAAACAUUCGAUACAGCUAGCACUGGUAAGAAGGCGCCUACUCAGCCACGAAACGCUGCAGCAAUAACAAGAACCUCAUCAGCUGUGACUGGUGAUUCGGAUGUAUACGAAUUCCAUGAUGAUUCUGGUGAAGAAACGAAAGUUGCACAAGAUAACACACAUUCGGUGGGUAGUCCAAGCGGAAGUGAUGUGAGGCCGCGUUUGAUUUUAACUAUCAAACCGGGCCAAAGUGCUCCAACCGUAAAAGCUAGUGAGAAACAAAACUUGACUGUUACGGAUGAUGUGUCUGCCACAACAAUGAUUUCGACACCGCUUCAGCAGCAACAAACAACCAUUCACGUGACGCCAACAGUUCAAUCUGAGCCAAGGGAGAGCAGCAAAUGUAAAAGCCAAAUAUCUGCAACCGCGCCUACGUCAUCGCCAACUGCGCAACUAGCUCAGUUACCAGAUAUGCCCACUAUGGAAGUAAUCCAAGCGACUUCCAUGCCCGCAACUACGACCACGACCGGGACAAUGGUCCCGUCUGGGUCAGUACCAACAGCACAGAAAAUGGGUCAUCCGCAGCCACCACAUGCAAUACCUUCAUCAUCCGCAACUUCAAUGGAUUCAGGUAGCACCACAGCGGCGAACACUAGAAAAUCGCGACGAUUACAAGAGAAAGAUCGCUGUACAAUUGACGACGUCAUUGAGGAUGUGGUGCGGAAUACCAUAACCGCCGGAUUGUUGCAGAAAGGCGCACAAACUCCGCCCAGACGCUCUGGACGCAACGCAACGCACGUCGCUUCGAAAAAGGAUGCGGGGAUGGAAACACCACCCUCAUCGCCAGCGAUGGUCCGUCCACGACGUUCAAAGGAUCGGAAAGAGAGCACUGAACACACCAACGCCUUGAAUGACCUAUCUUCGAGUGAUACAGAUGAACAACAUAAAAGGAUAAUCGCAGCACCAACGAAGCUGGAGGAAGAAGUAGUGUUGCCUGUCAGCACGAAUAGUGCAGCGAAUACACUCAGUUCCGCGCCAUUGCAAGUAACUCUUGUAGCUGCACCACCAACAGCAACAACAGCGUCGAUAUCACAACAAUCUAUACCAGUAUCCACAAAAACCGUUCCAUCCACGCAUAUUCCUGCACAGGCCAUAACGCAUGGUGAGAAGCAGUCUCUGCCAAUGCAGCAACAACUACAUCAUGUUAUGCCGCAGCACCCGAAAAAGAAAGCGCUCGCCGCAGCAGAGAUAGAGUCGUUCGCUGUCGCCAAUAGUGUUUCGAAAACUACUAAUCCAGCUACAUCGUCAUUGCCCAGCAUCGACAUAUCUGCAAGUCACUCAUCUGCCCCAACGACACAGAAAAGAAGUGGUGGAACCGCCGAUAUGGUAAGUAAAGCCCUUGUCGACCCAGUAACGGGACUAAUCGGCGGCAAUUUGCAGCAUGGCAAAGAUGGCAAUCUACCAGGGACAACAGCAGUAGCCGCAGCAGCAGCAACAUUGGCCACUAUGCAUAAAACGCCUUUGGACACGAAGAAAAUAGUACAGGCGGCUAUUGCGGCAGCCACGGCCGAGAACACUACGCAAUCAAGCGAUGUUCGCGGUACUGCCGCGUUGCUAACUAAAGCGGCGAGCAAUACAAACAAUUUGCAAACAUCACAAAUGGUUGCUCAAACCGUUACGGUUUCUGCUUCCAAUACAGCUUCUCACACUGCUUCCACAAAGUCGUUGCCAGUGGAAGGUUCUACCAAGUUGACUACUCCCAUAUCCCUUUUGAACAAAUCUGCUGUGAGUGUGGUCGUAAAGACAACGACAACACCCGUUAUCAUAAAGCAACAAAUUGUGCAACCUCAAACGACUAUAAAACCGACGAUUUCGGCUAACAGCAAACAGUCAAUUGUUGUGCAGCAGAGUCCGGUCGUUAUGCACGCCCAGCCAUCAAAUGUGCGCCCGCCUACCCUAAAAGCACACGUACUUAACAGCCAGAAAACAAUGCAGCAGCAACAACAUCAGCAGCAGCAAUUGCCACAGUCACACCACAUUGUUGCGCAGACACAGCAACCAACGCCACCGUCAAUACAUCAACAGCAGGCGAAACAUAUUUUGGUAACCAAUUCGAAUCACUCGAUUGCAUCUAAUGUAAUAACGACCCGACAUGCGGUGCAGCAGCAGCAGCAGCAGCAUCCGCAUCCGUCGCCGCAACAGUUGCUCGUAAAUAUUCCACCAACGAACUCUCAACAAGUGGCAGCGAAUAUAAACUCACCGCAGUUGCAGCAUCAGCAACAACAACAAACCGCUCAACAACCGGCACAGCAGACACUCGUAAUCAAGCAAGGCCAACCGACCAAUGCAGGUCAGUUGUCGACCCAACAAACAGUCCAUGUUGUCAGCUUGAAGGACCCGGUUGGUUCGCAAGUUGGAGAAGUUCCGUCAGGAGUGCAGCACCAGCAACAACAGGCAACGCCAGGAGGUAAGACCCCACAACAUGCAGCAACGUAUGCAACGUCCUUACCCCAACAGCCACAGUCGCAACAGCAGCAUCAACACCAACAGCCUCAGAUAACUGUGCUAACACCACAACAACAACACCAGCUUAUUAAACAGCAUCACCAACAACAACAACAGCAGCAACAACAACAACAGCAACAGCAACAAACUGUGCUUCAGCCACCUGUUAGUAUAUCUAUGGUCACUCAGCAACAGCAAAAUCCACACGUUCAGUUACCACACGGUGUGACAGCAGUGCACCAUCAGGGUCGCAAUAAAAUGCAGUCUCAACAACAACAACAACAAACAUCACCGCUUGUAAUGCAACCAAGUGGCAUUAUCGGUCUACAACACCCGACAAUGCUGCUGCAAACCAAACCACCAACGCAUCUGCAAGCACAGCAAGCCCAUCAGCAGUUGACGGCAUCACCGCCAUUGCAAGCUGGUGCCAUUCCGGUUGUUAGUGGCGCUAAACCCACUAUCACUGCUAUGCAAACACUGCAAGCGCAGGGAGUGCAAAUAUUGGCCAGCAGUGUGACAAGCCCACCGCCAUCGACGCUCAAACAGACUACCCCGCAACAACAACAGCAUCCGCACAAUAGUGCCAACGUACCAGGCGUUAGUAGCUUACGCACCAGCAUUCCAACGUUAAGUCCUCAGAGUCAAACUCGUGUUACGCCGCUACUUUUGCCGACUGGCAUGACCAUGCCGCAAUUUGAGUCAAACAUGAGCGAAUCUAGUUUUCCUGUUGGUGGAAUACGUGGAGUACCACCACGUGACUCGUUUAUCAUCUACCAGCACAUCUUACGAAAUCAGCAGGAAACAAUGAACGCAUCAAUACGUGGUGAGUUUGAUGACAAAAUGCUCGGUGGAAGCCCGCCCUUGGAGCUGCGCCGACCAGGUAGCGUGCCACGCACCAUUGCUGUACCACAUGGCCUACAGAGUCCUCAAGAUCGUGCAACUGAUUCGCCACAAGUAGCACAAGUGUAUGUACAUAACACCCGUUUGGCACACCCACAUUACACCGAGCGAUCAUUCUACGAAGCGGGCCGGCAAUUGCCCAUCGAACCACCGCCUGCUCAUCGUUCAGUUGCAGCGCAUAGUGUUGUGGGUCCACCACUGCCAGUAGCAGUGCCUCCACCCGGCGCCGGAACAACGAGCCCAUUCGUAGCUGCAUCAACGGCGCAGAUGUCAACGUCGACACCGAACGUGGGAGGUAGCAAUGUGAAUGUGCCGCCUGCAGCAUCAGCAGUUGCACAUUUACACACCGCCCAAUUGAUGGAGCAUGAACGGGAGCAACGCGAACGAGAAGCACAGCGUGAAAAGGAACGCAUAGCUAUGACAAACUCUAACAUAGAUAACUUACCAGCUGGACAGCAGGCCACUGUGCAAGCGAGAAAUAUGCAAGUGGCGACGCCGCCUCACGCCAAUCCCCCUGUGGCACAGCCACCAGCGGCCGACUCGCUACUCACGUUGCUGCAACGCUAUCCAGUCAUGUGGCAAGGACUUCUAGCACUGAAGACAGAUCAGGCUGCUGUACAAAUGCAUUUCGUAUUCGGAAACCCACUUGUGGCGCGCGCAUCGCUGCCCUGCAAUCGCGACGGCAGCACUCCACCACUGCGCAUAGCUCAGCGCAUGCGGCUGGAACAGACACAGCUGGAAGGUGUGGCCAAAAAAAUGCAGUACGAAAAUGAGCAUUGCAUGCUUUUGGCUCUACCUUGUGGACGUGAUCACGCCGAUGUCCUGCAGCAAUCGCGAAACUUGCAAACGGGUUUUAUUACCUACUUGCAGCAGAAAAUGGCUGCGGGUAUAGUGAAUAUUCCAAUACCGGGCAGUGAACAAGCGGCAUAUGUUGUGCAUAUAUUUCCAUCAUGCGACUUUGCCAACGAGAACUUGGAGCGGGCUGCGCCUGAUUUGAAGAACCGAGUAGCAGAGAUUGCUCAUUUGCUAAUAGUAAUCGCAACUGUCUAAACGGGCACUCACAUGCAAGAAAGCCAUAAGCUGGCUUAAAACAAGUGGCAUGUUUAACCGCCACACCUUGUCUCACAGAAUCAUACGCAGAAGGUCUGAGACGUUUGACUUAUACUACCUUUGUGUUUUAAACACAAACACUCUACAUUAAAUAUGACCAAAAGAAAUAAUUAAAUACGAAAAAAAUACAUGAUUUACCAGCCGUGAAGAUUCGCGAAAACUGAAUGCAUACAUUCUCAGAUUGCGAAGGCAGAGUACAAUUUACUGUUUUCUAACAGAAGCAUACGAAGAAUAAUGUGAAAUAAUUCCCAGGUCCUUAUGCAUCAAAAAAUCUUGUACAUACAAUAAGAAACGAUAUGAAAAACUCACUACUCACUAACGCCACUGACAAAUGCUCAAGCUGGCGCAAUAGCAACGCAUCCAACUUGACACACCAAAUAUUGAGAGCAAGCAAACCCCAUAUAAUAUUACGGAAGUGCGUGCAAAUAUUCCAAAAGAGGUAUUCGUAAUUCGUGCACUCAACUAAAAAAACACACAAAAAUGAAGCAAAAGACGCAAAUAAUACAAAACAAACAACAAAAAAAAUUAUAAGUAUAUGAACUUGUUAAAAAUGUAUAGAAAUUUUAUUUUUAUGCUUUUAAGCAAAUUGUUAUAAGCUUUGUGAAUACCUCUUUAGUUUUUGUCUAAUUAAUUAUAUAUCAUACAUUUAUUUGUUUUUGACACCGCAAUAGUUUUACGGGUAAAAAUUUCCUUAGUGUUUUCGUAGUGCAGAUUUGAAAAAAGUAUGAAGUAAUUAUAAUAAUUUUAGUGAGAGUAAAACAUUAAACUAAUUUUAUGGAUAUCAUCAAUGAAAUUCGUAAUUUAUAUAUUUGAUCUCAAACUAAAGGAAAGUUUAUAUCUUAAUUUUAUGCUUUAUUUCCAACAACAAUAAUUGGCAGACAAGCAUAUGGAAAUUCCCAUUUUUGUUCCCAUUUUUUGUUUGCAAAUCAUUUAAAACAGAAAUGACUUCAAUAUGCCUUGUCUAUGUAUAUGUGUGCAUAACAAUCAAAAAGGAAACAAAACUGACGGCUAUACAGCACACGACCAUUUUUGAAAAUUCCAGUCCCAACUAGAAAACGGUAUCGAUGAGCUUGAGUUUAUAAGAUUGUGUAAAAUCCCAUUGAGAAGGAGUUAGAGUAGAGUGAGGCAAUUGUAAGGACACUCUUAUGAAUUCAAGCGGGCAUCAAAUAUAUGUUGGGUUAUGCUUAGCCGAAAACGUUGACGCAAUGGAGAUGCAAUUUCGCUACGUCGUUUGCUAUUAGUAAACGCUUGAAAUAUGCAUUUUCUAAGCGAGUUUCAAUCCGGAAUGCACGAUCUUGUUAUGUGCGAAUGUGUGUUUAUGUUUAUGAUUAAUUUACUAACAAUUAUGAGGUUCUGAGAAUGCCCUUAGAUGCUUGUUACAAUGUAAGUUCAAAUGCCAAAAACAGAAAAACAUAAGGGAAACUAAAACUAAUACUGAAAGCUACUUGUAGUCUUACAUACAUUCAUACAUAAUAUAAAUAUUGUUUAAGAAAUGCAAAUGCGCAAUUAUACAACAGCUAAAAUUUACAUAGAGCUCCUUUGUAGAUCUCCAAAGGUUCCAGUGAAUUACUUGGGUUUAACGCUCAUUUGCACAGUUAUGAUUUUUAAAUUUUCACUUGUGAAGCCUUUCGUUUUCCUUUAAAUUGUUACUGAAAAGAAAAUAAGAAAAAAAGUUCCCAUUUCGCUAACUUUAUCUAAUUUCAUCACUGCCAUUUAUGAUAUACAAAUACAUUCGUUUCGUAUGCACAAUUAUCUCUUGUAAGGCGCACAAUUUUGUUUGUUUGCCGUAACAGGUAAUCUUCUGUGCCUUGUGAAGAAUACAUAGAGAGUGCUCCAAUAGCAUGAAUAUACCAAAAUUUAUACAUAUGUAUAAUGGCGUUUUGCUUUGCUUGCUUUUGGAGUAGUUUCUACAAAUCAAUGUGUGUUUUCAACCGGAUUCGACGUCUGUUUUGCUUCCCUUUUUGUAUUGUUGUCAGCUUGUUUGCAUAAAACGUUUUGUUUAUUAUUCAACUUUUUAGCUUUAUUUCAAUUUUUGUUUGUUCUAAUUGGAAAACUAUCACAAGGAAAAAGUAAAAAAAAAUGUACAUAUAUAAAACAAAAGAAAUAAGUAAAUAAAAGUAAUUAUAAGAUAAUCCUAACGGGAUUCUAUAAUAUAACAUGUCUACCCUUUCCCACUUUUAUUAAUUGUAUCUUUGGUAAUGAAUAACGUUGUAAAAUAUUAAAAUAGAAUGUAAAUUAUCUACAUAUAUACAAACAUACAUAUAUAUACAUAUAUGCAUAUAUAAAUAUAAAUUAUUAGUAAUAUUAAGCGUUGAUGUAACUAAUUAUUUACGAGAUAAUAGUAGUAGUGUCUAUUAAAUAAAAUACACAUAAAUAAGUAUGUUAAAUUAAUGUACAGUUAUUCAUAAAAUUAGUUUUUAUUAUAGUGUUAGAACAAAUGAAAAUCAUUAAAUGCAAAGCACCCAAAGUUGCGUUUGUCAAAUAAAUAUAAAAAAGUUAAAAAAUAAUGAAUUAAUUGAAAUAAUUGAAAUAAGAAGGAUACUGUAAUAUCUAGUAGUAGUGAAUGAACCGAGCUGUUGAAGCGAAAACAAGUUAAUAAAGUUAGUGUAUAAUAUUAAAAUCAGAAUAUGUAUAUUUAUAUACAUACAUAUUUAUGAAUAUUAGAACAGAAGUGCGUAAGUGAAAAAAAUUUGCACUCGCCCUAUUGCAUAAGAAAGAUAAAUAUACAAAUAUAAAUGCAUAUAUAUACACCUAUAUGUAUAUAUAUAUAUACAUACUUGCAUAAAUAAUUUAAAAAUACAAACUAAAUAAGUUUCAAUAUUAUCAAUACAUACAUACGUUUUAAGUUGUAACAUGCAAAAAGUUUCUCUUUAAUUUUAUAAACAAAGAAACUACAAGGAAAUACAAUAAAUUUUCUGUUAUUUUUUUCAUACAACAAAUUAAACAGUUUAAUUUUUGGUUUUGACUUGACGAGCGUCCACUUUCGAAAAUAUUAUAUUUUUACAGCGGCGUAGUGCUUUUUCACAGCUUUCUUCGGAAUGACUGACAUUUAUUUUAGAUUUCAGUAUCCGCUUUCAUUCACUUAGCAAAAUUUCAAUUUAUUGUUCAUUACUCAUCAUGUUCUUAGUUGAAAACAAAUGCAGUUCUGAACGUUUUUGUUUCUACUAAAGAGUUCCACAGAGAUUUGAGUUUUUCUUUUGUUUAUUGCCUCUAGCAGUUUUCGUUAUCUGUCUGUCAUUCCUUAGCAGCUUGUAGCUGGAGUGACACGUCGGGAGUGGAAGGGCGGGCAAAAUUCAGCUGCACAAACUCCAGUGCGAAAAUGUUACAAUUAUGCAUACAACAAAUGUCUGUUGUGCACCAAUGUCGGACAAUUACGUUCGCAUAAAUAAGACUAGGAUUCCUAAGCAGUAGUGCGAUCAUGUGUAUGUAUGGGAGUUGAAUAAUAAUCGUAAUA